CUGCGCACCCAGCCAGUACGUCUGUCAGGCCUCCUCCUCUCCGGCAGCCCGCCUUACCGCCCUGCGGCGCCGGUCCGACUUCAUGCUGGCACCCCCGGCCCCAGAGACCGCGGUGCCCAUGUCCCAGGCGGAGGCCGACCUGGCCCUGCGGCCCCCGCCCCCUCUCGCUGCCACAGGGCCGCCCCGCCUCGGGCCCCUUCCUCGCCGUGCGCGCCGCUUCUCCGGGAAAACUGAACCCCGGCCGCGUUCUUCCCGUCUCAGCCGCCGAAGCUCCGUCGAUUUGGGGCUGCUGAGCUCUUGGUCUCAGCCAACCUCACCAGUUCCGGAGCCCCCCAAUCCUCCGGACUCUGCUGGUCCCGAUCCCCCCAGGAGCCCACCGCCCAGCUCCGAAGAGCCCCCCGAGGGCACGUGGACCGGGGGAGCCCCGGUGAAGGCUGCAGACUCUGCGCUUCCAGAACUCGCGUGCUCUUCAGGAGGUCCGGGAUCCCGGGAACAGCCGAGGGUCCCCGAAGCCGCAGCCCAGGAGCGGCGGCGGGAGCAGGAGGAAAAGGAGGACACUGAGACCCAGGCCGUGGCAACCUCCCCAGACGGCCGAUACCUCAAAUUUGACAUUGAGAUUGGACGUGGCUCAUUCAAGACGGUGUAUCGAGGACUAGACACCGACACCACGGUGGAGGUGGCCUGGUGUGAGCUGCAGACUCGGAAACUGUCUCGAGCCGAGCGGCAACGAUUCUCAGAGGAGGUGGAGAUGCUCAAGGGGCUACAGCACCCCAACAUCGUCCGCUUCUAUGACUCGUGGAAGUCAGUGCUGAGGGGCCAGGUUUGCAUCGUGCUGGUCACUGAACUCAUGACCUCCGGCACGCUCAAGACAUACCUGAGGCGGUUCCGAGAGAUGAAGCCCCGAGUCCUUCAGCGCUGGAGCCGUCAAAUCCUACGGGGGCUUCAUUUCCUGCACUCCCGGGUACCCCCUAUCCUGCACCGAGAUCUCAAGUGCGACAACGUCUUUAUCACCGGCCCUACGGGCUCCGUCAAGAUCGGGGACCUGGGCCUGGCCACGCUUAAGCGUGCCUCCUUUGCCAAGAGUGUCAUCGGGACCCCGGAGUUCAUGGCCCCAGAGAUGUAUGAGGAAAAGUACGAUGAAGCCGUGGACGUGUACGCAUUUGGCAUGUGCAUGCUGGAGAUGGCUACCUCCGAGUAUCCCUACUCCGAGUGCCAGAAUGCAGCACAAAUCUACCGCAAGGUCACCUCGGGCACAAAGCCGAACAGCUUCCACAAAGUGAAGAUGCCGGAGGUGAAGGAGAUCAUUGAAGGCUGCAUCCGCACCGAUAAGAAUGAGAGGUUCACCAUCCAGGACCUUCUGGCUCACGCCUUCUUCCGAGAGGAGCGUGGCGUGCAUGUGGAACUAGCAGAAGAGGAUGACGGCGAGAAGCCUGACCUCAAACUCUGGCUACGCAUGGAGGAUGCUCGCAGAGGAGGACGCCCACGGGACAACCAGGCCAUUGAGUUCCUAUUCCAGCUGGGUCGAGAUGCUGCUGAGGAGGUGGCUCAGGAGAUGGUGGCCCUGGGCUUGGUCUGCGAAGCUGAUUACCAGCCAGUGGCCCGUGCAGUACGUGAACGGGUGGCUGCUAUCCAACGAAAGCGUGAGAAGCUGCGCAAAGCUAGGGAGUUGGAGGCCCUCCCCCCUGAGCCAGAACCCCCACCAGCAAAUGUCCCCACGACUCCUGGUCUCCCCAGUUCCUUCCCCCCGGAGCCUGAGGAGCCAGAGGCAGACCAGCACCAGCCGUUCCUCUUCCGCCAUGCCAGCUACUCAUCUACCACCUCGGAUUGCGAGACUGAUGGCUACCUCAGCUCCUCCGGCUUCCUGGAUGCCUCAGACCCUGCCCUUCAGCCCCCUAGAGGGGUGCCAUCCAGCCCCGCUGAGUCCCAUCUCUGCCUGCCCUCGGCUUUUGCUCUGUCUAUUCCACGUUCUGGGCCUGGCAGUGACUUUUCCCCUGGAGACAGCUACGCCUCAGAUGCAGCAUCCAGCCUUAGUGAUGUGGGUGAAGGGAUGGGACGCAUCAGAAGACCCCUUGGGAGAAAUCUCCGGCGCAGACCCAGAUCCCGGCUUCGGGUCACUAGUGUCUCAGAUCAGAAUGACAGAGUGGUUGAGUGCCAGCUCCAGACGCACAACAGCAAGAUGGUGACCUUCCGAUUUGAUCUGGAUGGGGACAGCCCAGAAGAAAUUGCAGCUGCCAUGGUGUAUAAUGAGUUCAUUCUGCCUUCGGAGCGAGCUGGAUUCUUAAGCCGGAUUCGGGAGAUUAUCCAGCGAGUGGAGACCCUGUUGAAGAGAGAUACUGGCCCUGUGGAGGCUGCUGAAGACCCCUUGGGCCCUCAGGAGGAGCCAGUACCAUUGCCUGUCCUCCCAGGCCCCCUCUCCAACCCAUCCAGUGCAGAGCUCCAGAGCACUACCUCCCUGGAGCAGAGCAGUUGGGCAGCCUUCUCCACCUUCCCAUCUUCUGGAACCCCCUUGUCUCCUGGAAACCCAUUUUCUCCUGGAACCCCUGUUUUCCCAAGUCCCAUCUUUCCCAUCACUUCUCCCCCAUAUCAGCCUGGCCCCUCCCCACUUUCUCCAAUUUCUUCCCAACUCUCAAAUCUCUCUCCACACCCUCCCAGCUCUCCACUUCCCUUCUCCCCAAGUACAUCCCAGUUUCCAGUCACAUCCUCUCAGUUUCUGCAGAGUUCUCUCCCCAGUUCACCCACCGUCUCCCCCAGCUGUUCCCAGGUCACUCUCAUACCUCAUUCCUUUCCUCCGUGCUCCUCCUCUUCUCCCCUCCCCUCUACCACAGCAGCCCCUCUCCUCUCUCUGGCUAGUGCCUUCUCACUGGCUGUCAUGACUGUGGCCCAGUCCUUGCUGUCUCCCUCACCUGGGCUCCUUUCCCAGUCUCCUCCAGCCUCUCCUGGUCCCUGUCCAAGCCUGCCCCUUCCUCCUCCCCUUGCUCCUUGUGGCCAGGAGAGGCCUUCACCUUUAACAGCUGAGUUGGAGAGUGAGGCCUCCCCAAAUCCUGCUCGGCCACUCAUGGGUGAAGCCAGACUGGCGCCCAUCUCUGAAGAGGGAAAGCCCCAGCUUGUUGGGCGUUUCCAAGUGACUUCAUCCAAGGAACCAGCUGAACCUCUUUCCCCACAACCAACAUCCCCAACUCUCUCUGGUUCCCUGAAGCCUCCAACCCCUCAGCUAACCUCAGAAAGCUCAGACACAGAGGAUAGUGCUGGAGGCGGGCCAGAGGCCAGGGAGGCUCUGGCCGAGAGUGACCGUGCAGCCGAGGGUUUGGGGGCUGAGGUUGAAGAGGAAAAGGACAGUGGGAAGGAGCCCCAAGUGGGAGACAGCUCCCCACCCCAGAGCCAUCCCAGCCCAGUGUGGAUGAACUACUCCUAUAGCAGCCUGUGUCUGAGCAGUGAGGAAUCAGAGAGCAGUGGGGAGGAUGAAGAAUUCUGGGCUGAACUGCAGAGUCUUCGGCAGAAGCACUUGUCAGAGGUGGAGGCACUACAAACACUACAGAAAAAGGAAAUUGAGGACUUGUACAGCAGGCUUGGGAAGCAGCCCCCACCGGGUAUCGUGGCCCCUGCUGCUAUGCUCUCGAGCCGCCAGCGCCGCCUCUCCAAGGGUAGCUUCCCCACUUCCCGACGCAACAGCCUGCAGCGCUCCGAGCCCCCAGGCCCUGGCAUCAUACGAAGGAACUCCCUGAGUGGCAGCAGCACCGGCUCCCAGGAGCAGCGGGCAAGCAAGGGGGUGACAUUCGCCGGGGAUUUUGGCAGGAUGUGAAUUCAGAACAGAAGCCCCGUGUCUCCCCCACACCAGGACCCACCAUGGAGCUCAUGCUCUCAGAAUGUGCUAAUCAACACAACUCUGCAAGGAAGAUCUCAGCACUGAGGGAGUAGAAGGACAAAGGGGCAUGGAGAGUGCUGUUCUAUUAUAGGGGAGAGCCAAGCAUGUGAGAACUAUUUGCUGUGUGUAGAAGGCACAAAUUCUGCAGCCUACCAUCCUCGUCCCUGCCAUCUCCCCAGCCAAGUCAACCACUAAGCAAUCCCACCCAAGCGCAGAUGCUUCCACAGGUUAUAAUCCCAGCUGGGCAGCGGACAGGGUGUUCUCACACAGAAUUAGCAGCAGCCAAUAAAAAAUACUGGAAAC